AUGCUACCACAGUUAUAAAGAUUGUUCAAUAAUGGUGCUGGAUGUAAUAGUAAGAUUAAAAUGCUUGAAUUUAAGUAAGGAAUGUUCAAAUAUGUGAAAAUUUUAAGUGUAAAGAGAUAGGAUCAUUUUAAAUCUGGAAGUGAAGAUAAAUCAAUUAUAAUAUGGAUAAGUAAUCAAAAUAAUAAAUGGAUUUCCUAAGAGAAAUUGAAUGGCAUAUAUCUGAAAUCUAUUUUUUACUAUUGA